AUGGCCGCUCCUGCUAAAACGCUGCCGCUUGACGCGGGGCAGAUUAAAAAGGCGGCUCACGCCCUGCUUGCUUACAACAAGUCCAGGCAGAAAACAGCUGAGAAACUGCUGCUGAAUGAAGACCUGAAUGUCUUUCUGAUGGUCACAGUAUGGAAAAUCCCACCACGUGAACAAGUAGUCAAAAUAACACUCCCUCACGGUAUUCUGCCCGCAACUUCUGAGGUCUGCCUGUUUACCAAGGAUGAGCCGGGCUUAACGGCUGAACAGACAGAGAACUUGUACAGGAAACUCUUGAGCCAGAAUGGGGUCACAAACAUCACUGAGGUCAUUUCUUACAAGACCCUGAAGAAAGAAUACAAGUCGUUCGAAGCCAAGCGUCGCCUCGUGAAUCGAUUUUCCCUCUUUCUGUCCGAUGACCGCAUUAGAAGGCUUUUGCCGUCUCAUAUAGGGAAGCACUUCUAUAGGAGUAAAAAGGCUCCCCUCUCCGUGAACUUGAAAGCGAAGAAUCUGGCCAAGGAAAUCAACAGGCAUAUCCAAGGAACCACGCUUCCAGUCACCAACAAGGGUUGCUGCUAUACAGCCCGCGUUGGACAUACCGGGAUGACCGCAGAGGAGAUAGCGGCGAACGUUGUCGCCUUUGGGAGAGUGCUUUCCGCUAAAGCUCCGAAGAUCUCUCAGAGCAUUAAAAUUCUUCACCUCAAGACUGACAAAUCUGUGGCUCUUCCCAUUUUUAACUGGAGUUGUCCAGGUUCCCAGGACGUUGAGAAGCAGACUGGUGGUAAAGAGCGGAAGAAAAAUAAGGAGAAGAAAAAGAAUCAGAAGAAGAAGAAAAGUAAAGGGCCGACUCCAGGUAAAGCCGGAAAGCCGGUGGAAGGAAGUGACGUCCCUACCCCUGGAAGUCUGAAGAGGGAGGAAGAGGAGACAGAGAUGUCAGAUGUUGUGGGGCCGGAGCCAGAAGACGGUGAAGGAAUUCCACUGCUGGUCCCGAUUGAAAUGCCAGCCGGUGUGCCAAAAGAUAAGGUGGCAGAGGCUGGUCCUUCUGCAAAGGAAGAGGUGGAGACAGAGCCCAAAGGCCGCCUCCUUGGGAAGAGAAAGCCCUCCUUGUCUUCAAAGGCUUCCGUAACGGGACUGGAAACUCCUUCGGUUGGGGCAAGCCUCCAAACCCCAAAGCGGAUCAAACAGGGCAAGAAGGCCAAGGCUCCAAAACCAGAGGUCCUGGAGAAGGAGUUGGCCGAGACCCCCCCGAAGCUGAAAAGGAAGUCUUUAGUGAAGCACAAAAGGGAGAAAGCUGUGACGUCCGCCAAGAAGACUCCCAGAACACCAAAACAGCCGAUCGGGAAAAGGGAAUUGUUACGCUCAGUGUGA